CAUGUGGGAAAGAGGGCAGGUGUCUCCUGUACCUUUAAGAGAUGCCCAGAAGAGGGAAUUCUGGCUGGGGCAGGGUGGUUUUUUUUGCCCUGCAGGGCAAGUGGCACCUGCUGAAUGUCCCUCUUCUGGGCAUCUCUUAAAGCAAUAUUCAGUAUUCCAUCUUUUGGCUAAAUUUCUCAAAGUAGUGUACAGCACAUAACCAUUGUGCUUCAUUGCAAGGCUGUGGUGGAGCCAGGGCAACUCCCAUCAACUAUAUAAAAGACAUAACAGUAUUUUUCAAGAUAACAAAAGGGAUAACAAAGCAUAUAGAAGUACAACUGGCCAAGAUAUGUUGUGUGACUAAGAACUUCCUUUGUGAUUUAAGGCAAUGGAAGUGCUUCCUGAACUCUAUGACAUUUUCCAAGGAGAGGUUGCUUCUGUGACAGAAUAUGGAGCAUUUAUAAAAAUUCCAGGAACAAGGAAACAAGGCCUUGUACACAAAAGUCACAUGUCAGCUUGCCGGGUGGACAAACCCUCUGAGCUAGUGGAUGUUGGAGAAAAAGUAUGGGUGAAACUCAUAGGAAAAGAGAAGACAGAUGACAAGCUGAAGCUGUCUCUUUCCAUGAAGGUUGUUAACCAAGGAACUGGGAAGGACCUGGACCCCAACAAUGUUGCCCUUGAUCAAGAUGCACGCAAGAAACGCUCAUUCAAAGACUACACCAGUCAGAAGAUCACUCUUGAAGCUGUCUUGAAUACAGUCUGCAAAAAAUGUGGUUGCCCAGGUCAUUUUGCAAAAGAAUGCUUCAUGCAGCCAGGAGGCACAAAGUACACCCUUAUACCCGAAGAGGACGAAGAAAUCCCUCAGGAAGCCGAAAAGAAGACUCAUCAAUCUGAGAAUUCUGCAAAGAAGAGAAAGAAGGAAAAGAAGAAGAAGAAGAAACACAAGAGUAAAACUUCUUCUGAAUCGGAGAACUCCAACACUGGAGAUUCAGAUGAUGACCAGCCAGCCAAGAAGAAGGCAAAACGGACUGAAAAAGCCGAUACGUCCAAGAAGAGAAAGAAAAAGAAGCACCAUCGGAAGAAGCACAAGGAGUGAGGAGCAGAUGCUAGGCCACAGGCUCUACUCCUGGAGCAAUGCUCCCGCCCCAUCCCUCUGGCGUCCUAUAAGUGGUUGGUGGCAGCGGGGGAGAACAGCUGAGCCUUUGCAACUUUGCAUUAAGACAAAAGAAUAUUCUUCCCCCUGAAAAGCAACACUGUUCCCUACGAAACUUCACAAGGACUCCCAUUUUUUCCCUGCAAAGAAGGAAAAGAGAAGCCAGCUGCAGUUGGUUGAUGUUCCUUGCCCCAGAUGUUGCAAUCGCUCAUCUGAAACUCUGAGUCUGUGGCUUGUUUUUCUGCUGGGCACAGUGCCAGGAUUGCUGUCAGCUCCCUUGGAACAAGCCUGAGACAUCUACACAAAGCGUGCGUGGCGUCGGCAAUCCAGGCAGUCUCCUUAGGACGGGAUGGCAGCUGUGUGUCGAUCUGGCAUCUGCCAGCCCUUCUCGGCGCACCAGCAGAAGGAGCUGUGUGAGCCGACAAUCUGGUCGGGGGCUGAUUGGUGGAGAAGGAUCACUCCACUGCAUUUAAUUGUCCCAUUUGCCUGCAAGACCGAAGGAAAGAAUGCUCUGCCACUUCAUACAGUGGCACUUCACGUUGUUUGUUUUUCCUUAAAUGCAAAUGAUCCAUGCAAUUGUUGUUCGCUAUUUCAAAUUAUAUAAUAAAAGUGUCUUUGUUUCCUG